AUGACUACUACGAAUAAAGUUAUACUACCAGUUAUAAAUAUUGACAAUGAUCCAGAAGUUCUAAUAUUUGAUUUAGAAGUGAUAAAAUACUUGAGAAUUGGAUUGAAUGUUCUUGGUGUCUUAACAGGUACAUUGCUGACAUUUCCACAACAAAAUUUGUUCCUAUCAGUACCGUUAAAAUUAAUAAUAUGGGAAGUAAUAUGGUUAACUGAAAAUAAUAAAGGGAUACUAGUAGACGCUAAAAGCUAUAGGAAUGACAAGCUCAAAAUUGGUUCAGUUUCCAAGCUGAAAACUACGAAUAAUAUGGUAAUAAUCCCAAGUACGGACAAUAAUAGAAAUGAAGAACUAAUAACAAAGAAUCAAAUUGAUAUAAAAACAUUUAUAACUAAGUAUUUACAAAAUUCAAAUUAUACAAUAUCAAAAUUUAUAAAUAACUAUAAAUAUUAUAAACAUCUUCAAAAUUCAGGAUAUUUUAUUAACCCAGGUAUCAAAUUUGGUGGCGAUUUAGUUAUUUACCCUGGUGAUCCAUUAAGAUAUCAUUCUUAUUCAACUAUAAAAUUCAAUUUCUGUGAUAUUGACGAAAUUAUAGUAGGCGGUAGAUUAGCUACUAGUGUAAAGAAGAAUAUGAUAUUAAUUGGUUACGAAGAUGAGAAUGAAAAUGAUAAAAGAAUUGACGAAAUUGAUGAUGACGUGAUUAAUGAUUUAUAUAGAAAUGACAAGGAGCCAUUGACUUUUUCAAUAGAAUGGUCAGGGUUUGGUUAA